UCAAUUUUUAUUUAAGUUCUUCCUGCCCAUCCUUUGGGAAAACACUCUCCAGGUCCAGCCCAGCCACGCCCCCUCCACUCGGGCCCCGCCCACCCAGGCUUCAGCGUUCGGUCUCCAUGGUUACGCGGCCGCUUUGGGGCUUCAGUAGCCAAGCAGGCAGCAGAUCAGGCCGCGGCGAGGGCCCCAGGGCAGAAUCCGCUAGCCGCGGCCGCUGCUUCGGAUUCCCGCCAAGAAUGCCUCCCACUCAGGCAGAAAGUGUUAUAAAGAAUAUCAUACGAGAAAUAGGACAAGAAUGUGCAGCCCAUGGAGAGGUCGUUUCUGAAACUCUGGUUGCUUUUAUGGUGAAAGCUGUUGUCUUGGAUCCAAGUAAUGGCUUUAAUAUGGAUAGAACCCUCGUGAAAAGCGAUGUGCAGAAACUUGUUAAGCUUUGUGUGAGUCGGCUAUUGGAUAAUAAAAAUCCAUCUUUGGACACCAUUAAGAUGCAAGUCUACUUUGACAUGAAUUAUACAAACCGAGGGGAAUUUCUUGAAGAACAUCACCGUGUCCUAGAGUCCAGAUUGGGCUCUAUUAGCAGAGAAAUUACAGACAACAGAGCGUGUAGUAGAGAAGAAUUGGAAAGUCUCUACCGAAAGAUUGUCAGCUAUGUGUUACUACGCUCUGGGCUCGGGGCCCCUACAGACAUCAAAAUUGUCAGAGAAGCAACAGCUGCCCUACAGAGUGUUUUCCCUCAGGCUGAGCUUGGAACAUUUCUAACUCUUUCUAAGAAGGACAAAGAGCGCCAGCUGAAAGAACUCACCAUGAUUGUUACUGGCAUACGUUUAUUUAACAGAGACUGUGGAAAAGGAGGAGAAGGCAUUGAUGACUUGCCAGCUAUUCUACAUGAAGCCAUCCCAGCCACCACUCAGCACAUUGAUUCGCAGCUUGAGACUGCCCAGGAGCAGAUAUACCGCUACACGGCCAUCUUGGAGAAAGUGACAAAGAACCCACUCAUUAGUAUGGAACUUCAGCCAUAUAUGUUGAAAGAAGCGCUGUAUAAUGUGCGACAAUAUGAGAUCUUCCUUCAGAUCAUUUUGUCAGAUAUAAUUACUUGUGCUCAAGAAGUAGAAAUGAUGAUAAAGCAGUUAGGAGCCCAACUAGAACAAUUGAAAAUGACUGUAAAAUCAAAGACAGCUGUCCCAACAUCACAAGUCUUUCCCAUCUUCAUUGCCCUUUCCAGUUUGUGGACUAGCUUUCAGGAUGAAACCGUUUUGAUAAGUGUCCUCAGUAAUUUAACCACUCACCUGGAGCCAUUCCUGGGCUCUCAUGAAGUACUGUUUCCUGAGAAACUAAUUCAAAGUCUUCUUGAAGGAGUGACUGUGAAAAGUGAUGUGUGUAGAAUGAAAGAACACAUGGGAGAUAGAGUACAAUUGGUGGAUUUCAAAAAACUGGAAUGGCUUUUCCCAGAGACAACAGCAAAUUUUGACAAGUUGCUAAUUCAGUAUCGAGGAUUUUGUCCUUAUACUUUUGUUGCAAUGGAUGGUCUUCUCCUUCCAGGAAAUCCAGCCAUAGGAAUUUUGAAAUAUAAAGAAAAGUAUUACACUUUUAACACCAGAGAUGCUGCAUAUUCAUUUGCAGAAAAUCCUGAAAAUUACAUUGAUGUAAUUAGAGAAAAGGCAAAAAAAAAUGCUGAAUUAAUUCAGCUACUGGAGCUUCAUCAACAGUUUGAAACACUCAUUCCAUAUUCUCAGAUGCGAGAUGUUGACAAACAUUACAUAAAACCAAUUAUGAAGUGUGAAAGUAGCACACAGACGGAUACACACAUAUUACCACCAACCAUUGUGAGAUCAUAUGAGUGGAAUGAAUGGGAAUUAAGAAGAAAAGCUAUAAAAUUGACCAACUUGCGUCAGAAAAUCACUCACUCAGUACAAACGGAUCUUAGUCAUAUGAGAAGAGAAAGCUGUUCACAGGUAUACCCUUUAAAGGAUGCUAGCACACAGUCCAUGAGGGAGAGCAGCACUCGUGUGCCCAGGCCCCAGAUUUACCUAGCGGGUCUUCGCGGGGGAAAGAGCAAGAUUACUCAGGAGGUUAAGGUGAACUUGACUAGAGCUAUUGAUGAAACCUAGUUAGAGAUCACAUGUUAGAGUAGAUGUUACCCAAUCAUGAGCAAUGGUAAAU